AUGAACGCAGGAUGCAUUAAACAAGCAAAGUUUAUGAUUGAGCAGUCUCAAAAGGAAUUCAUGGAUAAGAAAGACCGACAAAAUAUCCACAGACCGGCUAAAAAUGCGUGUAUGGUCCUUCAUCUUGGCAGAUAUUUUGAAGAAAAUGUCACGGGUCCAUUUAAUUUUCCGAGCGGCUGGAAUCAAAUUACUAUUGAAAACCUGACUGCAUCGGAAAAUUCAUUUUCACUCUUCCUUCAUCCAAAUGUUGGCGAAAUACCCGACAAAGAAUUGUCGUUUGAACAAAUCCUGAGUCAGGAAUUGCCAUGGUGCUUGCUUU